CAUAGUAAUAUGUUUUUUAAAAGAAUAUUUGACAAGAAAUUUCAUAUCUUUUGUUAAUGACCAACAUUCCUACUUGGACGGGCAAGAUAUGACCUAUGAGCUCUCUGUGUUGAGUCCUUUACCUUAAAGCUGUUGAGGCUUUUUAUAUUUAUAGUUAUAAAACUUUAAAGUAUUAAACAUGUUACGGUAUUUAAAGAGCAGGUUGAUAAUUAUGUCCCCACACAUUAAACCAAUUUUUUGUAGCUUUUACAAAUGUGUGUAAAACAUUUAAAUGCACUGAAAAUUACACUUAAUUACGAAGCCAUUAGCUGUUUUUUUGCAUUAUUGGAAUAUUCUACUUAUCAUAGCUAUCUAUUUUAAUGUUGUUACGUAAUUUAGGUAAUUUAUGUAUGUUAAAAGUAAAUGUUCUCUUUUAAAGUACGAGUAUAGGUACGUACAUAAAAGUAUACUAAAUCAACAAGAUAAGGAUAUACCUAAUUAGAUAUAAAUAAUAUAUUGGCAAUAACAUAAUCGAUGCGGUGACCCAGCAACUGAGUUAUCGGCAAUGCGAACGAUAUGACGAAAUGUACGUUUUAUUGUUCACAAAUAGAAAUGUUUUAUCUGUUUGUACGGUGGUAUCACUUUCGCAAAUAGUUGACUCGAGCUGGUCGUUCCGAUGAGCCGUGUUCUGUGCCGUAGUGUUAUAGCUCUGCGUUUGAGGUUGCCAAUGGCUCGACACGCGUCCUACCUCAUUGACGAUCCGAAUUACUCUUUCUUGAAGGAUCUUGGAUUGGAUAAGAAGAAUGUGGGCGUGUUUAACGGUAAAUGGGAAGCGAACGGUCAGCUAAUACAAUCCUAUAGUCCAGCAAAUGGCAAAGUGAUAGCAGAAGUGCAAUCAGCCAGCGCAGCCGACUACGAAGCGUGCGCGAAAGCUGCCCAAGACGCCUGGCACGCGUGGGCGGAACUACCCAUCCCCAGCCGGGGGGAGAUUGUGCGACAAAUCGGGGACGCACUCCGGGAGAAAUUACAGCCGCUUGGACAAUUAGUUUCACUGGAAAUGGGUAAGAUUCUUCCCGAAGCGAUAGGGGAGGUGGUGGAGUACAUCCACGUGUGCGACCUGGCGCUGGGGCUGUCGCGCACGCUGCCCGGGACCAUCUUCCCGUCCGAGCGACCCGGUCACGUGCUCAUCGAGAAAUGGAACCCGCUCGGGUUGAUUGGUGUCAUCACUGCCUUCAACUUCCCCGUGGCUGUGUUUGGAUGGAACAGUGCUAUAGCUAUGGUUUGCGGCGACGUCAGCAUAUGGAAACCUUCAGACACCACGCCGCUCACCGCGGUGGCUGUCACCAAGAUAGUUGAGAGCGUGCUCGUGAAGAACAACAUCCCCGGAGCGGUGGCGGCGCUUUGCGUCGGCGGGAGAGACAUCGGCCACACGCUGGUACAGGACCGGCGGGUCAAGCUGGUCUCCUUCACCGGCAGCACGGCUGUGGGACAACAGGUGGGAGUGGAAGUGCAGAAACGGUUCGGGCGCCACCUGCUGGAGCUGGGCGGCAACAACGCCAUCAUCGUCAACUCGGACGCCAAUCUCGACCUGCUGCUCAACGCGGCGCUGUUCGCAUGCGCCGGCACCGCGGGACAACGCUGCACCACCACCAGGAGACUGCUGAUACACCAACAAGUAUUCGAUGAAGUGGUGUCGAGGCUAAAGAAAGCAUAUGCGAGUGUGGUGAGCCGAAUCGGCGACCCUCUGUUACCGGAGACGCUUAUAGGGCCGCUGCACACGCCGGCGGCGGUGGAAGCGUACAAGAGCACAGUCGCAGAGGUUGUGAAACAAGGAGGCACCAUUGAAUUCGGAGGAAAGGUGAUCGAACGCGAAGGCUACUUCGUGGAGCCGACCAUCGUGACAGGACUGCCUCACGACUCGCCGCUGGUCAAGAGCGAGUGCUUCGCGCCCAUCGUGUACUGCAUACCCAUCGCUGACCUCGACACCGGCAUCCAGUACAACAACGAGGUCGACCAGGGGCUGUCCUCCAGUGUCUUCACUGAGAACUUGGGCGAUGUAUUCAAGUGGAUCGGUCCGCACGGCUCGGACUGCGGCAUCGUGAACGUGAACAUCCCCACCAACGGCGCGGAGGUGGGCGGGGCUUUCGGCGGCGAGAAGGCGACGGGCGGGGGACGGGAGUGCGGCGCCGACGCGUGGAAAGCCUACAUGCGUCGCGCCACCGUCACUAUCAAUUACUCCGGCACCAUCAAGUUGGCGCAGAACAUUAAGUUUGGCGACGAGUAAAAAUUUUCUCGAACUACCCUCAAAUUGCUUUUUUGUUAUGUUUAACGAGUAUUUUAAUUUUGUAAAGUUUAUCAUUACACCACAAUAUUCCAAGGUGAUGUCUUUAUUAAAUGGAAUACUAAAACAAAAUGUUCCGGUACACAAUAUGUUGCGAUUUGUGAAGUUUUAUCACAAAAUAAAUUUAAAUACCCUCAAUUUAGUUUCCAGAAUUCCAGAAGAUUAAUUUUAUGUGCGAUUUUGUCACGUUUAUAAAACAUUUAAUUUAAUGUGCAUUGUCCUUUUUCGGAAAAAUCGUGAAACAGAAAUACUGGUUAGUAAAUCCCUGGUAAGUAUUACCCGAAAAAAUUACGUUUUGAGGAUAUUUUGCAAACAUAUCUAACAUUGUUUUGCUGAAUUGUGUGUUACCUGUAAUUACUUUAUUUUCACUUUGUAUCAAAUAGUCAAUCAUAGUAAGAAGACUGAUAAAUUAAAACAAAAUAUUUAGUUGAUAGAGUUUAUUUUCGUUGAAUUACUUAUUGUUUAAGUAUAUUUGCAUCAUUAAUUUUGUAACUCAUUUAUAAUAUUAAAAAAGUGUAAACUUUAA